UGGUCGUUGGGUAUGACGGUAGUUGGCUUUCCAGUAUUUCCCCAUGCAGAGAACCUGUCUCUUUGCCGUGUUGCUAAUCGGUCUCUUGUCAGGGGAUUGGAACUUCUCUCAAGAAUAUGCCCUUCUUGACUUAAGAGUGGUGAUCACCCUCCCCCACGGGGAAGAAGUUGGACUGAAAUGGUCCAGAAGUUUUUGAACUCUGAAGAGACUCAUGGCAGAUGAGCUGGAGAGAUUUACCAGCAUGAGAAGUAAGAAGGAGAAAGAAAAGCCCAAUUCUGCUCAUAGAAAUUCUUCUGCAUUUUAUGGGGAUGAUCCCACAGCACAGUCAUUGCAAGAUGUUUCAGAUGAGCAAGUUCUAGUACUCUUUGAACAGAUGCUGCUGGAUAUGAACCUGAAUGAGGAGAAACAGCAACCUUUGAGAGAGAAGGACAUUAUCAUCAAGAGAGAGAUGGUGUCCCAGUACUUACACACCUCCAAGGCUGGCAUGAGCCAGAAGGAGAGCUCUAGGUCAGCCAUGAUGUACAUUCAGGAGUUGAGGUCAGGCUUGCGGGAUAUGCCUCUGCUCAGCUGCCUGGAGUCCCUUCGUGUCUCCCUCAACAACAACCCUGUCAGUUGGGUCCAAACAUUUGGUGCUGAGGGCCUGGCCUCCUUAUUGGACAUCCUUAAACGACUUCAUGAUGAGAAGGAGGAGACUGCUGGAGGCUAUGACAGCCGUAACAAGCAUGAGAUCAUUCGCUGCUUGAAAGCUUUUAUGAAUAACAAGUUUGGAAUCAAGACCAUGUUGGAGACAGAAGAAGGAAUUCUGCUGCUGGUCAGAGCCAUGGAUCCUGCUGUUCCCAACAUGAUGAUUGAUGCUGCUAAGCUGCUGUCUGCUCUUUGUAUCCUUCCGCAGCCAGAGGACAUGAAUGAAAGGGUUUUGGAGGCGAUGACAGAAAGAGCUGAAAUGGAUGAGGUGGAACGUUUUCAGCCACUGCUGGAUGGAUUAAAAAGUGGGACCUCCAUUGCUCUCAAGGUGGGAUGCCUACAGCUCAUCAAUGCUCUCAUAACACCAGCUGAAGAACUUGACUUCCGAGUUCACAUCCGAAGUGAACUGAUGCGCUUGGGGCUGCACCAAGUGUUGCAGGACCUUAGAGAGAUUGAAAAUGAUGAUAUGAGAGUGCAGCUUACUGUAUUUGAUGAACAAGGAGAAGAAGAUUCCUAUGACCUGAAGGGACGGCUGGAUGACAUUCGAAUGGAGAUGGAUGACUUCAGUGAAGUCUUCCAGAUUCUGUUAAACACAGUGAAGGAUUCAAAGGCAGAGCAGCACUUCCUGUCUAUCCUGCAGCACUUACUCUUAGUCCGAAAUGACUAUGAGGCCAGACCGCAGUACUAUAAGUUGAUUGAAGAAUGUAUUUCUCAGAUAGUUCUACAUAAGAACGGGGCUGAUCCUGACUUCAAGUGUCGGCACCUCCAGAUUGAUAUUGAGGGACUGAUUGAUCAAAUGAUUGAUAAAACAAAGGUGGAGAAAUCAGAAGCCAAAGCUACAGAGCUGGAAAAAAAGCUGGACUCCGAGUUAACAGCUCGACAUGAGCUGCAGGUGGAAAUGAAAAAGAUGGAAAGUGACUUUGAGCAGAAGCUCCAGGAUAUUCAGGGAGAAAAGGAUGCAUUGGAUUCUGAAAAGCAGAAAAUUGCCACGGAGAAACAGGACCUGGAAGCAGAAGUGUCUCAGCUCACAGGAGAGGUCGCCAAGCUGUCCAAGGAACUGGAAGAUGCCAAGAAAGAAGUGGCUUCUCUCUCUGCUGCAGUUACUGCUGUAGGCCCUCCUAGCAGUGCUGCUGUUCCCCCUGCUCCUCCUUUACCUGGUGACUCUGGGCCUGUUGCACCCCCUGUGUCAGUGCCCACACCCCCCCUUCCUGAGGCCAGGGCCAGUCCUCCUCCACCACCUCCUGCUCCUCCUCUACCUGAGUGUGCUUUCCUCUCCCCACCUGGGGGUCCUAUCAUCCCCCCUCCUCCCCCUUUGCCUGGAGGUGUUGGCAUCCCCCCACUGCCUGGGGGCCCUGGCAUCCCUCCACCCCCUCCUCCCUUGCCUGGAGGACCAGGAGUGCCGCCUCCCCCUCCCCCUUUUCCUGGUGGAAUCCCCCCACCCCCUCCAUUUCCUGGAGGCCCUGGGGUUCCUCCACCUCUCCCUUUUGGAGUUCCUGCAGCCCCAGUUCUGCCGUUUGGAUUAACCCCAAAGAAACUUUACAAGCCAGAGGUGCAGCUCCGGAGGCCAAACUGGUCCAAGUUUGUUGCUGAGGACCUUUCCCAAGACUGCUUCUGGACAAAGGUGAAGGAGGACCGAUUUGAGAACAGUGAACUUUUCGCCAAACUUACCAGUACCUUUUCUGCCCAGACCAAGACUUCAAAAGCCAAGAAGGAUCAGGAAGGUGGAGAAGAAAAGAAAUCUCUGCAAAAGAAAAAAGUGAAAGAAUUAAAGGUGUUGGAUUCCAAGACAGCCCAGAAUCUCUCAAUCUUUUUGGGUUCCUUCCGCAUGCCCUAUCACGAGAUUAAGAAUGUCAUCCUGGAGGUGAAUGAGGCUGUUCUCACUGAGUCCAUGAUCCAGAACCUCAUUAAGCAGAUGCCAGAGCCAGAGCAGUUAAAAAUGCUUUCUGAACUGAAGGACGAAUAUGAUGAUUUGGCUGAGUCAGAGCAGUUUGGUGUGGUGAUGGGUGCAGUACCCCGCCUGCGGCCUCGCCUCAAUGCCAUCCUCUUCAAGCUGCAGUUCGGGGAGCAGGUGGAGAACAUCAAGCCCGAGAUCGUCUCGGUGACUGCCGCAUGUGAGGAGCUGCGAAAGAGCGAGAACUUCUCUAGCCUCCUGGAGAUAACCUUGCUUGUCGGAAACUAUAUGAAUGCUGGCUCCAGGAAUGCUGGUGCUUUUGGCUUCAGCAUCAGCUUCCUUUGUAAGCUUCGAGACACCAAGUCCACAGAUCAGAAGAUGACGUUGUUGCACUUCUUGGCUGAGUUGUGUGAGAAUGACCAUCCUGAGGUCCUGAAGUUCCCAGAUGAGCUUGCCCACGUGGAGAAAGCCAGCCGAGUUUCUGCUGAAAACUUGCAAAAGAACCUAGAUCAGAUGAAGAAACAGAUUUCUGACGUGGAACGUGAUAUUCAGAAUUUCCCAGCUGCCACAGAUGAGAAAGACAAGUUUGUUGAAAAAAUGACCAGCUUUGUGAAGGACGCACAGGAACAAUACAACAAGCUGCGGAUGAUGCACUCUAACAUGGAGACGCUCUACAAGGAGCUGGGCGAGUACUUCCUCUUUGACCCCAAGAAGGUGUCUGUGGAAGAAUUCUUUAUGGAUCUGCACAACUUUAAGAAUAUGUUUGUGCAAGCUGUCAGGGAGAACCAGAAGCGGCGGGAGACAGAGGAGAAGAUGCGGCGAGCAAAACUGGCCAAGGAGAAAGCAGAGAAGGAGCGGUUGGAGAAGCAGCAGAAGAGAGAGCAACUCAUAGACAUGAAUGCUGAGGGUGAUGAGACGGGUGUGAUGGACAGUCUUCUGGAAGCCCUGCAGUCAGGCGCAGCAUUCCGCCGGAAGAGAGGACCCCGUCAGGGCGUCAGGAAGGCAGCGUGUGCAGCCACAUCUCAGCUAGUCUCAGAGCUGACCAAGGAGGAUGCCAUGACCUGUGUUCCCGCCAAGAUGCCUAAGAAGAGCGAGGAAGUCCCCACCAUCCUCGAGGAGACCGCAGAGUUGCUCGGCCGUGCAAGCUAAGCCAGGUCCUGGGGCCAUGGCAGCUCCUCGGUGGAGCCCCAGACUGUCCCGCCUGCAGCAUGUGCCUGAAGGGUUGCGGAGGUGUCCUCUGCGGUGGCCGCUCCCAUCACCCUGACCCCACCUUACUCUCCGGCAUGCUGCUCUCUGCCCAUCGCACACAGCUUCAGCUGCCUGGAGGCCAGAAGGAAAGGGCAGUGUGGGGCCUGAGCCCAACCGGGGCAGUCCUGGCUCUUGUUACCAAAGCAGGCUCUGUGUUUGCUGCCUUAACCGCAAGUGUCUCCACUGUUCUCCAGGGCCUCAUCUCAGUCAAGGCCCACCUGCUUUCUCAGCCCCUGCCUCUCCAGUGGGCUUUCCUAGGUCAAUUGUGCUGGGUUUGUGCUUUUCUCUUGUGUUUUCUCUGGUCCUGAGAGCAGGAUGGGCUUAGGAACCUCUGGGCUCCAUCCCCCCAGCUCUGCUCUGCCUGCCCCGGCUCCUGUUGUCUAUUACUGGUGGGGAGGCACCGGGAGGUGCUUCCAAGGAAGUGGGGAGCAGAUCCUCCUCCUACCCCACCAUUUGAGAAAGACCUCCCCAAACAAGGAGGACCUAGACCACGUUUACCUGUCCUGCUGUGGCCUAGGCCAGGGCCUGGGGGCAGGCGGGCCGGGUGGGGUGGAGCCACCCCCAGCCUGCUGCCAUGCUGUGUGCCCUGGCCUCUCUCAACCCUCCCUCUAUACCAGCCCCUGGCGGCUGAGCCAUGGGCCCUCCUCACGCCCUCCCCAGAGCUUUGGUCUCAUCUGAAAGUGUGGGCUGUACUGUGACCAUCCCCACACCUUACCCUCUGUCUCCAAGGAAAGGGGAGGUGGAGCCUCCUGGUUGAGAAAUUGUUUUGCAAAUGGAUCUAUUUUUAUAUGAAUUUUUUUUUUAAAGAAAAAUAACCCUUUCCCCUCCAUAAUGUAAGAGGCUUUGAUGGCAGGUUCCAGAGUCCCUGGGAUUUCUCACCACAAGCCUCAGUUCUGAGCAAGCCCCCUGGACCUCCACUCAGCCCUCAAGCCUCUGGGUCUUCGAUGCCACUGCAGACUCUCACCGCCAGCAUCUGACUUGGGGGCCAGAGGCGGCUCUUCUCUGGUUGAGCUGGACCAGGCCUAAGAGUAAUAGGAGCUCUCAAACGACAAAGAGUUUUUAUAAAUUUAAUAUAUUUAUCAAGCCAAAUGUGCAGAUGCUAACUGGACGCUCUGGAGAAGUGGGCCCAGGGAUGCCCCAUGCCUGUUCUCUUCAGCAGUGGGAAGGCCACAUGCUUCAGUGGCCACAGCCACAGGAAGCUCAGAUUCUCUGGCUAAAGGUAACACUUUGCCCUCCUGCACUCCUCUCAGCUUCCCACCCCCAGGUAGGGGGCGAGAAUGGCACUGGCAAGGCCUGGCUCCAAAGUAUAGCUCUUAGAGCAAGGGGAGCUUAGGAGACCUCAGGCGCCUCCAAGGAGGCCUUGAGGCUGGGCAGAAGGGUUCUGGUUGCUAGAGCCUGUGUGCAAAGGGGCACCAGCAGCCCCCCUGAGCUAGUGCUGGGAGGACUAUGGUGGGGGGGGCCUGCUACUCCCCUCAGUCCCCUCCUCCCUGCUGACAUCUGGGGCUUUGACCCUUUCUUUUUUAAUCUACUUUUGCUAAGAUGCAUUUAAUAAUAAUAAAAAAAGGGGGGGGACAAAAUGCAAACCUGUUUCCCUCGCCUCUUGGGCUUCUGGGAUGUCAUCACCUCCAGUUUGUUGGGUUUGUUUCCAACUGUUAAUAAAGCAUUGAGACAGCC